ACAGUGGUAACGGCACCGUUUCCUGUUUCUCUCGCUACGCCUCUGACUGUUGACUGUUAUGUGAUUCUUUGCCCUUGUAUUGUUCAAGAUAAUGAAUAACCAAACACAGUUCACUCUGUGUACUCGCACGGUGUGGUCAAAUACCUGCCAGUUCAAGAACAGUUUGGAGUGAGAUCAGCUGUUCUCGUACCGAGCUAUGUGAAAAUUCGAAGUUUCUACGAUUCGAAAGUGUAUUCUUAAACGUUCAACAUGUGUACGCAGUGCCUUAAGGAAAAUGAAUAGGAUCUAUUCACCUCUUAUAUUAAGAUGAAAAAUGGAAAUGGAGACACCAGCUGCGUGGAUAUCGACCAUAUCACUUUCGAGCGCAACAACUACAAGAACAAGCUGGUCGAAGCAUCUGUACAGACUUCUCCCCUCAUACCCUACAGGUUGAGGUUUUGGCCGAGGAGCUCAUGUGAUAUGCAGUAUGAUCCUAAAAAGGAGAGUUGUACAGUUGUAGGAUUACAAUGUGGGUGCAAAGUCGUCACGCAAUGGGUACUAAGUCAGAUGGGACUGACCUUGGUGGUGUUCGGAUGGGCUCUUCUUGGAGCUUAUGCAUUUUACAAGACAGAAGGACCUAGAGAGUUCGGACAGCAAGAGCAAAUGGAACAAACACAAAAAGAACUGUCAAUCGAACUGGCAACUUCUUUGCGGCAAACGGAAGGACACAAUGAGAACUGGCCGAAAGUUAUUGAACGUUACAUGCAGCAACAUGAAGACGUCCUCCUAAAAGCAGUUGCUGCAGGUUUUGGAGAAGGGGGCCAAGAGAAAAUAUGGACUUAUCCUGGAUGUAUACUCUUCGCAGUAUCUCUACUAACUACUUUGGGUUUUGGGGCACCUGUACCAAGAACAACCUUAGGAAGGGGAACAGCUGUAAUCUUUUCGGCAAUUGGCAUUCCACUACAUUUUCUCCUCAUCUUCAAUAUAGGGAAUCUUGGAGCAAUCCGUUUACAACAACUAGCUUACAGAAUAUCCUCCACAGACAUACCAUCUGGCUCACCUCCCCCAAAGUGGCUCAAAUGGUUUCCAGUAGGAGCUAUACUUCUUUAUUACCUAAUGGGAGUAACGCUUUUCGGUUUUCUGAGAAAAAGAGAAGCAUUCGACAGCUUUCUCUUUCCACUAGACUUCACAGCUGCUGGGGGAGUGUCAACAGUACCAGGCUACAUCAAGAUUUGCUACGCUAUAUACCUUGAAGUGGCUGUCACUUUAGCGGCAUUGGUAGUAUCUUUACUACAAGCCUCGGCGACUAGUAGUUUGGUAGAUGUUGGGUUGAAACUUGGGCUUCUGACAAAUACAUGAGCUUUAAGCGGAAUACGUGAUAUUUACAUUUCCAGGAGUUUUGGCUUAGGCACGAAGUAGGUUUAUACUGGCCUGUGAGAAGUUUUAGCAAUAACUGCUUCAAUUUCGGUUGGAUCGAAUUCCGUAAUAGAUUUAAGAUAUUUUGUAUGUAUACAUUUAGAUGAAUAUUACUUAUAUGUACUUAUCCAUUCGAUUACAUAAAGAUUAUCGAAAAUGUUGUUAUUGAUGCCUAAGGAAUUGUGCAAUUUGGUUGUUGAAGUACAAAAGUUUCAUAUCAAGAACUGGAUUCAAUCAGUUCACAGAUUGUUGGAAAAUAUUUAGGAUUUUAUAUCAUUUGAGACGUGAAAUUAAUUAAACAUAUUAAAAAGAA